GCUGCGUCGCCGCCGGAUCUCGCGAAGUAAAUUUCAAACCAAGAGCGAACCGGUGACAGUGAACAGUUUCCAUCCGGAGUCGUGUGAAAGCGGAACUUUCUCAAUACCUUGAUCUUUACCGUGAACAGUUUAUCUAGUUAGAAAAUUAUUAAAAGUUCUUAAAGAGAUUUCUUCUAAUUUCCAUUAAUUAAUCCAGUGAGUGAUAAUUGGAAGCAAAGAAUUGUAAAAGAAUAUCUGUCAGAAAAAUAAUUUUAUGAAUGGAUACUAAUUAAAAUAACUCAAUUCUGUUUUACUCGAUAUUUACUAAAAAAAUGAUAGAAAUUUUUCUAUGCUUCACUCUGCUUUUGGGAAGCGUUUGUUCCGCUGACGAUGAGAAGGUGCGAUACGAUGGAUACAAAGUGUACAAACUUUUCGUACCGGACGUAACUAAAUAUGAGCUUGUAAAAAAUAUGCAAGACGACGAGGGCUAUCAUUUCUGGGUUCCACCAAAGAUCAACGACACCGCGACCGUGAUGAUCAAGCCGGCUAAAAUUCAAGAAUUUAUGCAGAUAGCUAACACGAGCAAACUAGAGCUGGAAUUGAUGAUGGAUGAUUUACAAAAGUUGAUUGAUGAAGAGAAUCCUCGCGAUGAUUUGCGAGGCACUUUCAACUGGUUCAGUUAUCAUCGAUUGGACAUAGUAAACGGUGGAACUAGCCCGAACCCAUGCAGUGAAACAUAUCCUGGGGACAAGCCGUUCUCCGAAACGGAAACGAGGACCAUGUCAGAGUACAUUGGCAGCAUUCAAGACAAAAUAUUCGCUUAUAUCGCGUUCCACAGUUACAGCCAAUUACUGUUGAUCCCUUAUGGUCACACGAACAAAAGAAUCGAGAAUUAUAACGACUUGCUACAAAUUGGAAACUAUUCGAUAAACGCCCUGGCAAAACGAUACGGGACUAAAUAUAGAGUUGGAAACAUCGUCGACGUAAUAUACGUUGCAUCGGGUGGAUCAAUGGACUGGGUACGUGGAACUUACAAAACUCCAGUGACGUUCACUUACGAGCUACGAGACAGAGGAAGAUACGCGUUCAUGCUACCAGCGAAUCAGAUAAUACCAACCGCGGAAGAAACAUUGGACUCCUUAGUUGCGAUGUUCCAGCAGGCUGCAAAGCUUGGCUACGGAUCAUCCACAGGCCUUUAAUAAUAAUCAACUACAUUUCUUAAGAUCUCUUCCAAAUAAUGUGCACGAAGUACAAUAGAAUCUUCGUUAUGUUAACACCCACUAUGUAAAUAUAUGAUCCUCUGUUAUCUAAAUAUUCUAUUAUAUAAAUAGUAUAUUUCCAAUUAUAAUACUGUGUUUGUACCACUAAGCUUUUACCCUCUCAUACCAUAAAAACUUGAUCGUGGAUGAUGUACAAGACGUUCUGCCAGAAAAAUAUAUCAGCCAUAGUGGCCUUAAAAACCAAAAA